AUACUCAUCCUUGUUUCGUUGAUAGGCUUGUUGAUUUUGCUUCUGAUUGGGUUCAGCUACUCUCUACCAUAUGAAGGUGCAGAUGCUCCAGCUUGCAAAGGUGUUUUUAUGUCUCCAGCCUAUGCCAAAAUUCAUGCAUUCGAUUCUACACACACCAAAUUUGCUUCAAAGUACUCUCUCUAUCUAUAUCGAGAGCAGCAUAAAGAUUCAAUACCAGAUGACUCGGAUCAAUUCAAUUUAGCAGGAACUCCAAUAUUGUUUAUUCCUGGUAAUGCAGGUAGUUAUAAACAAGUCAGGUCAAUAGCUGCUGAAACAGCAAAUCAAUUUUUUGAUAACAACGCGUACAUCAAAUCACUGAAUUUGAAUACCAAUAACAUGGAUUUUUUUACAGCAGAUUUCAACGAAGAUUUUACUGCUUUUCACGGAAGGACAAUGUUGGAUCAAGCGGAAUACCUAAAUGACGCAAUAAAAUUCAUACUCUCCCUAUACAGACUCAAUGACGAUGGUGGCAACGGCAAUUCCCGAACUCAAAAUGUUCCCACGUCAGUUAUCUUGUUAGGUCAUUCCAUGGGAGGGAUUGUUGCAAGAGUGAUGUUGAGUUUACCUAACUAUUUGGAUCACUCGGUAAACACCAUUGUAACGUUAUCAACUCCUCACAAUGCAGCCCCAACUACUUUUGAUGGUGACCUCUUAAACGUUUUCAAACUUACUGAUGAUUUUUGGAGAAAUGGAUUUGUAAAAGAUGAAAACAUGAACUCCAAAUUGAGUAUGAUUGCUAGAAAAAGAUUAGAAGAUGUUUCUCUGAUUUCAAUAACAGGCGGAAUAUUGGAUACGACUUUGCCGACCGACUAUACGACCUUGACAGGUUUGGUUCCCUCUAAUCAUGGGUUUUCGGUUUCAACAACAGGGAUACCUGGAGUAUGGACUCCAAUAGAUCAUUUGGCCAUUGUGUGGUGUGAUCAAUUAAGAAAAGUUUUAGCCAAAACAUUACUGCAAGUAAUUGAUGUUAAUUCACCAACUCAAACUUAUUCUUUAGAAAAAAGAAUGGAGAUAUUUAGAUCUAUUUUAUUACCUGGAUUUCAAAAGUCGACUGAAAUUUUGAAAAAUCUGAAUAUGAAUUACAACUUACCAUAUAAGUUGAAAAUUGAUUUAAAGCAACUAAAGGAUUCUGCAAAUCAGCGAUUUAUUCAGUUGCCAAAAAGUUUGUCGAAAAGGACUGAAGUUAAUUCACCACCAAUCCAUCUGUUUUAUGUCCCUAAAGACGAAAACUUCAAGUUUAACUUUAUCAGCUCGUUGAAGCCGUCUAAUAUAGAAAACCUGAAUGAAUCACCAGCCCCCGCAGUCUUGUUAUGCAGGACAAUUUUAAAAGAUGGGAAAUUUUCCAACGUUAAUCAUCACUAUAAACAAGUUCACGAUUAUACUACAGAUAUAACAAACCAAUUUGCAGAACUCGAAUGUAUUGAUGUCAACGAAUUUGUUUACCAUAUCCCAAAACCAGAACUACAACAUAUAUCUGAGGAUGGAUUUGAUAGCCAGUAUUAUGCCUUGGAAAUUCCCUCUAACAUUUUAGCUUCUUUCAACAGCAUCGUUUUAGUUGAGUCAAGCACUAGCAUCAAUCACUCAAACGACCAUGAUUUUGUUUUAGCAGAUAUGGAACUUGAAAAGUCAAGUUUUUUGAAAUUGGGAGAUUCCAGUCUUUGGAAAUUAAUAUCCCGGGGAAAUGAUAUUACUAUCCCAUCGCAUCGUUCUAUUAUUGUUGAUAUUGAUAUUCCAUCUGUCAGCUCCAGCUUAUUAGCGUAUAGCUUAGAUAUCAGAUAUUCGAAGUCAAAAAAUGAAAAGUUCUCGACGCUUAUUAGUCAGACUGUUAAAGGUGAAACAAAAUGGCAUACGAAUAUAGAUUCAAACAAAAUCAUCACUUCAAUUAUUAAUGGCAAUUCACCUUAUACCCCUUUUAUUGUCGAUGAUUCCUCUUCUCAUGUUAGACUGAAAAUAUUCAGCGAUUCGUUGUCAUCAGAUCAACUUAUGGAUAUAUAUCUUUCUGUUGACUGGUUUCAGAGUUUAAAACUACUAGUUUUGAAGUAUAGGCUUUCCAUUAUUGGAUUCCCGCUUUCAAUAACGUUAUUAAUUAUUUGUCUUCAGUUUACACAUUAUGCAAGGUUUAAUUUCUAUCCCUCAUUUGGAGAAACAUUGUUGUACAUCUGUGACUACAAGAUAAUGGGAGUUUUAAUAUUGUUCUUCUCGUCUUUAUCGUUUUUCACUUCGACUUCUUCUACUUUUGGCAAGCUUUUUGAACUCUUAGACCCGGUUGAGAGAAACGAUUUGAAGCUGAUGGACAAAAUCGAAAAUAGAGAAGUAAGAAUAAAUUCAACAUUUAUGGGAAUUGAAGAGCCUUCAUUGUGGUUUUAUGGUACCAUUAUUUUAUUUGUAUCAAUGGGACUGAACAUGCUUUUAUACAACUUGAUUUUAUUCUUAUUGAAGUUUGCAAUUAAGUUUUCCAAGCUUAGAAUUUGGAGAGUUGUGAAAAUGCCCAGGUUCAGUUAUUUAUCUACACAAAGGAGAACUUUAAGUGUCUUGUCAUUGUUGGUGUUAGUAUUGAUUUAUCUCCCUUACCAGUUUGCAUUUGUUGUUUAUGCUGUAAUCAAUCAUUCCAAUAGUACAAAGGAUUUGGACAAGUUCUGCUAUUCUAAAAAGUCGCUAAUACUACUGGAAAAUUUCAAAAACUUCAAUUUAUCCUUCACUAUUUUAAUGUUAUGGCUAAUACCAAUAAAUGUACCGGUUUUAAUAGUGUGGAUUCAUGAUAUCUCACUAAAGUGGAGAACGCCCUUCUCUUCUCAUCACAAUGUAUUGGCUGUCUUACCGAUAAUUAUACUUAUUCAGAUGUUGAACCAAGGAUAUAUGAUCCCUCGACCGACAAAAAAAAUCAACAUAUUAUUAACAAAGGUCUUUUUAUGCCACUUUUCCUUGUACUGUCUCUUGUUUGGAACCAGGCAUUUGUAUUUUUUGCACAGCUUGUUUAACUUCGUCUGUGUUUGGUUUCUCAUAACAAUGAUACAGGAC